CGAUUUGAUUCCGAUUUCCUAAACUUCCAACUCCUAUGGGAAUUUGAUGUCGCAUAAUUUAUACCAAUUAUAUAUUUAUUAUAUAUAAUAUAUUAAACAUAUGGAGUUUCUUGCUAUUUAUUGAAAGGAUUAAGGAAGCAUAACUUCUGAAAAUUUCGUUGUAACGAAUAUUGACAAUGGCUGUUGUUAAAACGCCUGUGCUUAAAGUUAUAUUAUGUGGUGAAUAUGGAGUUGGGAAAAGUUCAAUAUUUCGUAGGUUUAUAAAUAACACCUUUUUACCAAACGCUGAUAAAAAAUCAACAUUGGGCCUGGAUCAUUUUGAGAAGUUAUACCAAGUGGGAGACAAAGAUGUCAAGUUACAGCUUUGGGACACCGGUGGAAUGGAAAGAAUAGCUUCAGUAACAUCUAGCUAUUAUAAAUAUGCUGAGGCAGCAAUUUUAGUGUUUUCAUUGGAUAAUGCCUCAUCUUUUCAUGUCUUGAGUCAACAUCUUCUAGAUAUAGUGACAUAUGCGGAAAAUGCAAAGAUAUUUUUAUGUGGUAAUAAGUCUGAUUUAGAAGGAUCAUGCCCUCAAGUAACGGAUGCCGAUGUUGAAAAUUUCUGUGAACAGUGCCACAAUUUAAUAAGCAGCACAUAUAAAACAUCUUGCAAAACUGGACAAGGCUUAGAUGAUAUGUUUUUAGACAUUGCUCAUCAAUUAGUUGAGUGUAACAGAUCAAAGAUUGAACUUCAAAGGUUGGAUCACAAUAGCUUUAAGAUAUCACAACCAGAAUCUCCUGAAGAGCCACCGUGUAGUUGUUAAUAAGUUUAGGUAAGACUCUACUGAGACUUUAAAAAAUAAAGUUUUUAUAUAUAAA